AUGGUGACGGACGUGCAGCUGGCCAUAUUUGCCAACAUGCUUGGCGUGUCAUUGUUCCUGCUGGUUGUGUUGUACCACUAUGUUGCAGUCAAUAACCCCAAGAAGCUGGAGUAGAGUCCCUCCAGAAUGAUUGGAGAGGUGAGAUGGGAGCCAAUGCCGCCACCAAGGAAACAACAUUCCCUACAUUCAGUCCCAGGAGAUGAAUUUAUUUGUAUGAUUGCACAGUAGUGUUUUUUUCUAAUAAAAAUAUGUGAAUGCCAUUUGCUUUAA